GCCCAACUUGAAAAAGACUCGUUUCUUGUUACUAAUAACCUUUCCGAUGAAAUCAACUCCAAAACCGAAGAGCCACCACCAUGGUUUCGCCGUCAGAGAUGACGGAGACGGCACCGGCAAUUAUGACAACGGAAAGCGAAAGGAUAGAGAGUUCGAGGGAACUCGUGGAUAAUGAAGAGGAGGAGAAAAUACGCCGUCAGAAGAAGCUCGAAGAAGCUCUCGAAGCCAAAUCUCUUCGCCGCAUUAUCAGUGCUUACCUCAAUUACCCAGAGGCUUCGGAAGAGGAUUUGAAAAGAUGGGAAAGAUCAUAUCGGAAGCUGUCUCCUGCACACAAGGCAUUGGUACCCCAUUACCCUAUGAAGUUUCAGAGAUUAAGAAGGUGUAUAUCGGCGAAUUCAUAUUUCAUAUUUAAUAUGCUUCAGGCUUUUGAGCCUCCUAUAGACUUGAGUCAGGAACUUGAUGGUUGUGAAGACUCAAAUCUUGACUGCGCUCCACAUGAGAGAUACACUCUAGAUGAAAGGCACGACUCUUCUUGUCAGCCGGCCUUGACCAAUAGUUGUACAUAUAAGGAAGAAAGCAAACACAUUCGUGACCCAAUAACAGGAGUGUCUAUCGAGGAGCUUCAGAGGAAAGAAGCUCAUGAUCAUUCUCCCAAGGAUGACUCUGCAGACACAAGAAUCAACGAUAAGACAUGUGAUUGUCAUGAAGGCCAGUUAAAUCAUGACCAUGGCAGUGUAUCAUUUUCAUCCCAUGAUUGGUUGGAUUCAUCGUUACAGACACAUGUUCCUCUGGUUGAUGUAGAUAAGGUUCGUUGUAUUAUAAGGAAUAUUGUUCGAGACUGGGCAGCAGAGGGUCAGAGAGAACGAGAUCAAUGCUACAAGCCUAUCCUUGAAGAGCUUGAUUCCUUGUUUCCUGACCGUUUGAAGGAGAGCACCCCUCCUGCCUGUUUAGUCCCUGGUGCUGGACUUGGACGUCUGGCCCUUGAAAUUUCUUGUCUAGGUUUCAUAAGCCAAGGAAAUGAAUUUUCAUACUACAUGAUGAUAUGCUCAAGUUUUAUUCUGAAUUAUACACAAGUCCCUGGUGAGUGGACAAUAUACCCCUGGAUACACAGCAACUGCAAUUCGCUCUCGGACAAUGAUCAGCUACGCCCUAUUGCGAUUCCUGAUAUUCAUCCUGCAAGUGCAGGAAUAACAGAAGGUUUCUCUAUGUGUGGUGGUGAUUUUGUUGAAGUAUACAAUGAAUCAAGUCAUGCAGGAAUGUGGGAUGCAGUUGUUACUUGCUUUUUCAUCGACACUGCUCAUAAUGUCAUCGAGUACAUUCAAACCAUAUCCAAGAUCCUAAAAGAUGGAGGAGUUUGGAUAAAUUUAGGACCUCUGUUGUAUCAUUUUGCGGACACAUAUGGCCAUGAAAAUGAAAUGUCUAUCGAGCUAAGUUUGGAGGAUGUAAAGAGGGUUGCUUCACAUUUUGGGUUUGUGAUCGAGAAAGAAAGAACAAUUGAAACAACUUACACUACAAAUCCCCGGGCUAUGAUGCAGAACCGAUACUAUACUGCCUUCUGGACAAUGAGGAAGAAAUGUGCUAUAACAACAACUUAAGCAAAUUACUCCUGGACUCUUUAUUUGUGUCUGGAUUUCUUUUGUUUUUCUUUGAUGAAUAAAUUAUGAUCUUAUAACAGAAGCGUCGAAACUAUUAAACUAGUUGCUUCCAUAUCAAAACAACGUAUUCAUGACUUCGUUUUAUUAUGGAAAAAUAAGAAACAGAACAAGUAUUUCUUUACAUAUGAAAUUUUUUGAGUAACGAAAACAUAAGCUAUACAGUUUCUUGGAUAAGGGUAGUUUCGUUAUUUAAGAAUAACAAAUUACUAUGGAUUUGGUGGCUUAAUUUAAAGCCCAGGAGUGUAAAAAUUGUAAUCUCACCGACUCUUAUUAAUUUAAUCACAAAAUAAAAUCAAUUUCCUAUGAAGAAAAGGAAAACCUGAAUUGUUGCUAUAUAAUAACCAACCCUAGCUUCUAUAUUUUCCAAUUCUCAUCUAUACCUUCGUUCCUUGACUACAAAGCUAACCUUUUUCUGGUGGAACAAAUUUCGAGACGACGUCUAUCGGAUGUGCACAAAGAGUACGGUACUAACGAAGACAAAAGCUUUAAACUGUUGUAUCCGCCCGUCAUGUCGUUAGAGUACGAGACUAAGAAAGACAAAUCGAAAAAGGAGGAACCUAGGGUUUACUCAGGGCGGGUUAAUAUGCAGGAGUUGACAGAGGACGUGACAAGAAUCAUACAUGAAAAUGCCAUGAAGAUUCGUGACGAUGGUGUGCCUGUGAAUUUGGUGGACCUCGGAUGAAUAAGCAUGCGCUUGAGUUGAGGAAGUGGAAGAUGAGGGGAAACUGGAAUUAUGUCUUUGUUAAAGGUUGGAACGAUGUGCUUGAUGC